GCCAAAGUGGUUUUGUGGCUGCUGUUAGCUUAUUAUUUGUGGUGUACAUUUGGCCAACUGAAACAGAAACACUGAAAAGCAGCUGAUUCGUUCUGAAUCAUUUUACACAGUACCUCUGCACACAGUUCAGCAUUUAUGUCAAAAAUUUCAUCACAAACCAUUUCCAUAGUAAACUGCAGCUCUGCAAAGCAUCCCAGCUGACUGGGGAUUAAGGCUGAGCAUUAAAACUCGUAUUGAGCCUCAUGUGCUUUUCAUCAUAAUCACAAACAUCUCUCUCAGACGGGAUACAUCAGCUGUUAACAUGAACAUCUCAAGGAUACACCAAGGGAUGCUGAGGAUGUAUGGAGGUUUUAUUUUCAAACAGUGGAAGAAGAGGUUUCUGCUUCUAGCUGCUGAAGGCAGGCUCCUAGUCUGCCACGAUCCUUCAUCUCCUCCUGAUCAGCUGGUACUGCUGCAGAGCAGUUGUGAGGCAAUUGUGGAAGGCAAAGAGAUCCUAGACCUGCCUAAAUUACCCUCAGGUGGAAGCAGGGAUUGCUGCUUCGCCCUGAUCCUCCCCCAGAAUAAAUACCUGCUGCUGCUGGCUGAAACCCCUGCAGACUGCAGUCAGUGGCUGAAUGUGCUGAAAAAAGUGAAAAGGAGUCUGUCAUCACCUCUAAGUCCUUGUAAAAAGCAUAUGGUGCUGCCACCAUGCAUUACUCUGGUGCCCGAACAAAUCCUAGACAAAGAACCACCAACUCCAUCUAUCAGCAGUGAUACCGACUCAUCCACCCAAGGGCUUAUGAUCUGUGCUUCCCCAAGGGAGAAAGGUAGGAAUUCCCCCCGCACAAAGUAUUAUAAAGGAGGUGCACCCUCAGUAGGGUGUCUGCGUCAUGGCACUAUCAAUAAUGCCCAAGCAAUGAGGGGGGUUUAUCUGCUGAUGGGGGGUGCUGCAGCUUCCUCCGCCAUGGGUUACCUGGGCACAUGCUCACCCGCUAAUCUGGAAGUCAAAGCUCCUGACCUGCCACUCAGCACAGAUUUCUCAGGCAUGGGACCAGCAGGAGUGUACCACACUGGCAGCCCCGCACUCGACUCCCCUCACUUUAACAGCUUCGACUUCGAAGUAGCAGACUCUUUUGAUGCUUUUGAUUGUGGCGGAUUUACUUUCUAAAACUUGGAGGUUAUUUAUGUGGACAGCUUUAAGGCUACUGAAAAAAUAUCCUGUUGUCUUUCGCUGGUUUAUCAAAAGCACUGGGGCUUUCAUUUCAGGAUGUUUUAUUAGGGUUGCUACACAUGUCAGUCAAUACGUUUGACCUGCUGUAACAUAUUUCAAUAAGAGUGAGUACAAGAUUUUCAUAUCACUAUGUAAAGACAAGGGAUUAGCAGAUUUGAAUGGUAGAUUUAUCUCUACAAGCAACCCCUAGGGUUAGGGUUAACGUUUCAUUGUCAUUUAUUGUUGUUAUUAUAUAUAGAUUAUAGCAACUAUAAAAUCAACACCAUCCUGAGAAACAAAAGCAUGCAUAGUUGUGAUUGUUUUUGAAUAUAUGUGCUAAUAUGGAUGAGCAGUAAUACCAUUGUCUUGCUUAUGUUGUGACAGCAUUAUUAUAAGCUCUAAGCUGAGUAUCAAGUUACAUUUAAGAAAAGCUGUAAUAUCACAAAUUUAGACAUGCCUGAAAUAUGCAGUCAUUUUAUUCAUUUAAAGUCAUAUUGUUUGUUGUGAAGUGUAUAUGUUACUGGAAACGUCACAGAUGUUAAUAGGAGACUGGAAAUAACACACACUUCUGUAGCAUUUCUGUGUAAUGUUAAAGUAUUAUACAUAUUUUACAAUAUCAAAUUUGCUAGAUAGAGCGUCAUUUGAUUUUUCAUGUAUUUAACUUGUGACCAUGAACGAAUUAGCUCUUCUUAAUUUUUAUGUAUGUUCUUUUUUACCUUCAGGUGUUUGUUUCUUUUAGAUCUAUGUCAAAUAAAAAGCAGAUGUUCUUUUGUCAUACGUUUGACUUGUGAAUAAAAUUGAUGUG